AUGCGCGUUCAUAGCCGCGAGGAAACACAAUGUGCGGAUUGGAUGGCCGAAAAACUGUGCCAGCUGAUCGGAUUUUGUGGAGAAAGCUACAAAUUGAGCUCAGCCACCUUCGAUUAUUUAGGCGAUCUACUUUUCAGUUUAGAAUAUAUGCGGAAAUAUCUAGCUUCUGAAAGCAAUGCCGUAAGUCUAUUAAUAGUGCCUAAUUUGGAACUCAAGCACUGGCAUGAGAACUGCGAGACAGCCAAGUACGAUCUAUUUUCCGUGGUACUGCAUGUCGGCGGGAGCACCGGUGGGGGACACUAUCACGCAUAUAUCAAGGAUCCUUACGGAACGAUAUCGGAGACGAAUAAUGACAGCACUUCGGCAAGCGAAUUAAAUGGGAGUAACAAGUGUCGCGUUCCGACUGGUUCGUCAGCGGUGUGUUUGCUUUAUAGAUGUAUCGACACGUUUGGCUCUUACGUAUCCAGGGCUUUACUGUCAAAAGCUCCAAGCAAUUUGAGGUUGGACACUGCCUCUGUUCUUGCUGCAUACAUGCGACAGUCUUUGGCUACAGAUGCGCAUUCAUCUGAAGUAAACCGGGAUCGUCUGAAGACUUCUGAUUCUGUGGAGCACGGAAAACCUAAGAUAAAUCAAAACCAACGUGGAACAUAUCGACCUGGUCAAGACAUGAGAAACAAGAAGGGGAUUCCAGACCUUUCUAACAUUCACUUCCCUUUAAGACAGAACAUCUCAAAGGCGAAAAUGACGGAUGCAGUAAGCAUUCGCCGUGUUCAGCCGUUGGAUGUGAAGAAACUGAACAACGUACGUUCCCGACCAGCCCAUAGAGAUAGCGGCAACUUGAAACCGGCGUCCAGGAGAAGAUGUAAUAAACACAAUACACUCGUGACACCCUGUUCUGUCCAAUCAAAAUCGCGCAACAGCCCCACACUUACAGACUGCGGUGCAUACAGUACGGGGCUUCUGUCGGAAGGUAGUAUAUCACAUACGUUGCCAGCCCUACAAGCAGCACAGCAUAACAGCGCACUUGGGAGGCACACUUCAUCUCAUUCUUCCUCAUCUUCAACAUCUCCCUCUCCCAUUGCACACAGGGGGAUGGAAAGCCUGCAUUCGUCAACUGCUCAUCGUUCUUCUUCACCCCUUUGGCAUUCUAAGCUGUUUGAUGGAUCACCUAGUCUUGAAGCCCAAGGAAGUCACUCAACUAGCCGAAUAAAUACCAGCAAAACAGACAGUGACCUUGGCCGCCACUGCACCCAUCGGGCUCAAAAAGCGAAUGAGAGAAUCAUGUAUCUAGAUAGUCAACCACCUGGCUACGGAUCUUUGGAUGCGAUACCAUUUAUGCAGCGCACGAAAGGCCAGGAUCUACCGCAAAUGAGUGUACCGGUUGGGUCGAUACGUGAUACCACCCACCUCAAAGCCAUCCACUACAGUAGUUUGGAGGAACAGUCUUCCUGUCACCUGGAGUGUCAACAUAUACCUGUGGAUGAGGCUCAGCGUACUCCUGAAAAAAAUGGACGUAGCGUGCUCUCCGCUCAAUUGGACACUGAGAAUCUGAGGCUAAAUACCGUUUCGGAGAGGAAUCUACCUGAUGUACGAGUUGGUAGAUGGUUUGACAUCAACGACGACUGUAUUACGGAAGUAGACCCAGAAAGUUUUCAGCGUGUUUUUGAAGGACCGGAAUGUGCAUACAUGUUGUUCUACAGAUUAAUGGGUCUGGCAAUGCCUGUGAAUCCGAUAACCCAAAAUAACUAG